AAAAAAGGUCUGAUUGAUUGUAAACGCAUCUACAUAUUUCCUUUGACUCGGCGCAAGUUUCUCUUUUAAUUUGUCCGUCGAUGGCGUCCGGCGGGACAAAAUAAUAAUAACUUGUGGAAAGAAACCCUUUCUUGUCCAAUUCGGACUCAAUUUUCAGAGAAUUUAACCAGAUCAUGUCAUUUUGAAUCUGCUGUAAGCAUAUUUUUAUAAGGGAAGUGUGAUUGAAAAGCUUUUAGUUCAAGGUAAAUUGCAGGAAAGGAGAAACUGAUGCCUCGAAGUUGAGCAGGAAAGGGCAAAAAUGUGGGUGUUUUACUUGAUAUCGUUGCCGCUAACGCUGGGCAUGGUGGCUGCCACGCUCAAGUAUUUCGCCAGCCCGGACAUUCCCCGCUAUGUUCUCUUUACCGUAGGAUAUGCCUGGUUUUGUUCGUUGUCUAUCAUUAUACUCGUGCCCGCAGAUAUUUGGAUGACUAUUCUUGGGCAAGAUAAAGGAGGAAUUGCUUUCUUUUGGAGUUGGUCUUACUGGAGUACCUUUCUCCUUACAUGGGCUAUAGUACCAACUAUUCAGGGUUAUGAAGAUGCUGCAGAUUUCACAGUCACAGAGAGAUUAAAAACAAGUGUUCAGGGGAAUCUUGUCUUCUACUUAAGUGUGGGCUCUAUUGGAUUGCUUGGAAUUAUCAUUCUUAUUCUCAUGCACAGAAGCUGGGGACAUUCGAUAAUUGGUAUGGCCAUGGCAUGCUCAAAUACUUUUGGUCUUGUUACGGGUGCUUUUCUUCUAGGAUUUGGUUUGAUUGAAAUUCCCAGGAGCAUUUGGAGGAAUGCAAAUUGGAUCUACCGACAGAAAGUUUUGUCUCAUCGAGUUGCUAAAAUGGCUGUUAAACUUGAUGAUGCUCAUCAAGAACUCUCAAAUGCAAUUGUAAUUGCCCAGGCUACUUCAAAUCAAAUGUCCAAGCGGGAUCCAUUACGUCCCUGUAUGGAUGUUAUUGACAAUAUGCUAGUGCAGAUGAGUAGAGAAGAUCCAAACUUUAAACCAUCAGGUGGAAGACUGGGGGAAAAUGACAUGGACUAUGAUGCUGAUGAAAAAUCAAUGGCCACCCUUAGGCGUCAACUAAGAAGAGCUAGGGAGGAAUAUUAUCGUUAUAAGAGUGAAUACAUGAGCAAUGUUUUUGAAGCCCUUGAACUUGAGGAUACAAUUAAGAACUAUGAACGUGGCAGCUCCACGGAUUGGCGCUAUAUAUCAAGCUUCCGUCCUCCUCGCACUGGUUCUCUUGCACAGUACCUAGAUGUGAUGGAGUGGGUUUGGCGGUGUGUCCUUAGGCGGCAGCUUGAAAAAGUUCUGGCAGUUCUUCUGGGGUGUAUGUCAGCUGCAAUUCUCUUAGCAGAAGCCACAUUGUUGCCAAGCAGGGUUGAUCUUUCCCUAUUUUCUAUCCUCAUCAAAGCUGUGGGAAAGCAAGAGAUGCUAGUGCAGGUUACUGCAUUCGUCCCACUAAUGUAUAUGUGCAUCUGCACAUACUAUUCUCUUUUUAAGCUUGGAAUGUUCACGUUUUACUCCUUGACACCAAAACAGUCAAGCUCUGUGAGCCUGCUUAUGAUAUGCUCAAUGGUGGCUCGGUAUGCUCCUUCUAUAUCAUACAAUUUUUUGAACAUGAUUCACCUUGAUGGGAAUGCAAAAACAACCUUUGAAAAGAGAAUGGGUAACAUUGAUGAUGCGGUCCCUUUUUUUGGACAAGGAUUUAAUAAAAUAUACCCACUUUUCAUGGUUAUCUAUACAAUUUUAAUAGCCAGCAAUUUUUUUGAUCGAGUCAUCAACUUUCUCGGGAGCUGGUGGAAAUUCAGAUUUGAAACUGAGGCUGAAGAUGCUGGUGGUUUUGAUCAAUCUGGCUCAAUCAUCCUUAAAAAAGAGAGAACUUGGCUGGAACAAGGACAUGCAGUUGGAGAGCAAGUAGUUCCAUUGGCCCGAAACUUCAACAAUCUGAGUGAGGACAUUGAAGCAGACAGUAUGCCUAAGAAAUCAACAUGGAGUGCUGAUGAUGCUUGGAAUAAGACUGGUACGGAAGUGAAAGUGGCAUUGAAAAAAGAUGAUGUAAAGGGUAUUCAGUCGAAGACUCUGAAAGAGGACAUCCAUACACAAGGGAGCAAGGGUGCUAUUGCAAGUAAGUAUAUUGCGAUUAGAGAACAUCAGAGUAAACCGUCUCAUCUUCACCCAGGAGUGAUACAACCACAGAGACAUGAUAUAAGGAAUGCUAUUCAGCCCAGUAAUUCUGAAAAUAUGCCUAACAGCAGAAACCAGUUUGAUAUUUCUUCUGGCUUAGCAACAAAGUGGGAGUCGAUGAAGUCAAGCCUACAGAGUAUGAAAGCAAAUCUAGGAGCCAAAAGAUUUGUCCCCUUACGACAGCUUCAGGAAAGAGAGGAUUCCAGGCCACAUGUUUCUCCAACUGAAUCAUUAGAUACCAUAUUUGAGAGAUUGAAGCGAAGAAAAGAAGAUAAUGAAAAUGAUGAUGAUGGUUCUGAAUUGAGAUGGCCAAUGUUACCAAAAUAAAUUCUUUCAUGGUAUGGGUGAAGGUAUGACGCCUGUAAUGGGUGAUGGGUUAGUGCAUCUGAGGAUUGGGAGUGGAAUAAGCAUAUUUAUUGCUUCAGAUAUAUGGAGAUUCCUGAUAUUCUACAUGUGUAGAUGUGAUACGUUUGAGCAAGUUUUGGCAGGUUUUGCCCAACCCUUACAGCAAAAUGUAUAGAUAUCAAUAUACGUUUCUCCAAGGGAAGAAACCAAUAUUCUGUGGAAGGUGCUUUAAGAAGAAAAACUGUGAUUUUGGCCAGUUGAUUACCUUAUAUGACAAUACUAUAUAUUUAAGCUGUUAAUGUCUAGAUUUUUAAUGAUCUUUUUCAAAUAAAAAAUAUAUUCCAAUUCACGAGUCA